GAGGCGCCAGUUUCUUACGUCACUUCCUCCGGGGGGGGGGUCUCUGCGGGCCUCCUCUUCGUCCGUCGCUGAUUGAUGAUGCACCGACAGCGUCCGGUUGUCUUGAGAAGCUGGUGCCGCGACUUCAGGGGGAAAACAGCCAAUGAGUGCAAAAGCGAGACACCGACCACCCCGACCCCUCACUCCCUCACAGCCUCAGGAGUGUCAAAAUAAAUGCCUUUUAGCCCGACUUCGUCACGCCUGCAUGAGGUCACAAGCAGUUACCAGCGCACAGGGACAGAGCCCGGGCGACGCGAGUUCUGAGUGAAAGGACAGGGGCGGGACCGAGGUCGAGAGGUUGGCUGUGUUCUGCUUGUUGUUGUCACACCGGGUAGCCUUCCUCUCGUCCGCAAUGGCUGCUGUCCAUUGUCUCGGCUGCGCGGGAUUUCUCCAGAGACAGCGCCUUGCCUAUUUCCUAGCUAAUCCACACUAUGGCAGCCUCAUUAAUGCAGAUGGCCAUGCUGAAGUGUGGACAGAUUGGAAUGAUAUGUCCAAGUUUUUCCAGUAUGGAUGGAGAUGUACCACUAAUGAGAAUGCCUAUUCAAACCGUACCCUGAUGGGAAACUGGAACCAGGAAAGAUAUGACCUAAGGAAUAUCGUGCAGCCCAAACCCUUGCCUUCCCAGUUUGGACACUACUUUGAAACAACAUAUGAUAGGAGCUAUAACAACAAAAUGCCACUUUCAACUCAUAGGUUUAAGAGAGAGCCUCACUGGUUUCCAAGACAUCAACCUGAGCUGGAUCCUCCUCGAUACAAAUGCACAGAAAAGUCAACUUAUAUGACUAGCUACUCAGAGCCUCAAACUGGGCAUCACUCUGCAUGUAUGUGGAAUCGUCCUAACUGCCCAUUUCAGGGUCCAGGAUUCUAAGACAGAAUAAGAAGCUUCAUUUUUCCAGAGUAAAGUGUAGGAGGGAGCACAUUCUAAGCACAACUAAGAAUGUAGCUGACUAUAACACAGUUCACUGUCUGAAUAAAGAAAGCACAGAAAAUAUUCCCUACCCCCUUUUUUAUUUGUUUUAAUCAAGAUUUAAAUGUCAAAUUUAAGUUAAUUAUAUCUGCCCUUAGUUCCAAAUUAUGAGGUUGUAGUAGGAGGGGAUUAAAAAGAAUUAUUUUGGGGGCGCCUGGGUGGCUCAGUUGGUUAAGCAGCUGCCUUCGGCUCGGGUCAUGAUCCUGGAGUCCCGGGAUCGAGUCCUGCAUCGGGCUCCCUGCUCAGCGAGGAGCCUGCUUCUCCCUCUGACCCUCCCCCCUCUCAUGUACUCUCUCUCAUUCUCGCUCUCUCAAAUGAAUAAAUAAAUCUUUAAAAAAAAAAAAGAAUUAUUUAAAAUCAGCAACUACUUUGCUCUCCCCCACCUUCCAUCCGUGGCAGAACUCCAAAAUCCAGCAUGUUUGCCUAGGUGCUUCCUGCAUGUGAGCCUGGCAAUCACAGGCAGAUAUUGUAACUCUAUUGUGACCUUAAUGAACAUGCCCUCUUAAGGACUAAAAAAAGAGAAAAAUAAGUUUUUACAAUUAUUAGAGUGGAUUUAAAACAUACAGAAUUAGAGUAGUAUAAUGAACUCUCAUGUACCAUUACCCACCUUCAACAAUUUUUGAUGGAUCUUAACUAUCCCUAUAUACUUUAUCUAUUUUUUUAAUUAAUUUUGGAGCAGAUCUCAGAAAUGAUAUCCUUCUGUCUAUAAAGAUUUUAGUAUAUAUCUUAAAAAGAUAAGGACUGUCGAUUUUUUAUUCCCCCACAAAGACCAUCAAGGAAACCUGUUCAUCAAACAAAGCUGAGUGAUUAAACCUGUAGCAAGGAGGCACAUCAACUUGAUACAGUCUUGGUGAGAAUUCAAAAGGGGAUGUUAGGGGCGCCUGGGUGUCUCAGUGGGUUAAGCGUCUGCCUUCGGCUCAGGUCAUGAUCCCGGGGUCCUGGGAUCGAGCCCCACGUCAGGCCCCCUGCUCAGCGGGGAGUCUACUUCUCCCUCUGCUCUUCCCCCUGCUCAUGCUCACUCUCUCACUCUCUCUCUCAAAUGGAUAUAUAGAAUCU